AUGGCGAGUGACGGCCAAGACACCGGGCAACAAGCGAUGGAGGGGGCGAGCACGCUUACACCAAGAACAAGCAGGCUGAUCGACAUAAGAAACACACUCUACAAAAAGCUUGACCUCGCGACGACGCGCGUCGCUGAAGGAAUUUACUUGGCCGAAAGGAGCAACGAGACGGGUUUUUGCUUGGUGUUCACAAGUCGCUUCGAGACGAUCACGAGCGACCCCAAGACACUGCAUUUGAGGGAGAGAGAAGUUGUCGCGAAGGCCACAAUAACCGUGCCGCAGGCAAUAAAGACUCUGAUUGCCGAAACGAAGGCAAACCGAGCCCACUCGGAGGAGCAAUUCUGGAUAUUUGGCGAGAAGAUCGAGCAAGUCGGAGACAAAAUUGCAAGAGCAAUCGCUGAAGCCUUCAAGGGGCUCAGCGUGCCACCUCCGACGGCACUUCUGACGGCUCCGACGCCUGCGACGACCGUCAGCGUCGAGACGCUGACGAGCCAAACACCCCCGUCGAUGAACGCGAGGAGUAGCCCUGCAGCUCGCGUCGACUCAAACAAUCCGGUGCGGGCCGCGAGAGCGGGCACCGCUGACCAGCCGACGGAGGUAGCGCGGGCCAUCGACAGCAACGCCCCGUCUGCCCGGCAGAGCUGCAGACGCACAGACCCCGCAGUCGAUGCGAGAGCGACCCAGGCGUUGUCUUGGCGCCGCCAGGCUGACGAGCUGCUACGCCAAAGCGUUCGCGCGUCCAACCGCCGGCGCAGCGACUCGUCCUCGGUUGAGGAUGGAGAGCUGCCCGACGACGGGGAGGACUGGGACGCCGAGAACGAGGUGCCUCGUGACAGGACCAGCGCACGAAGUGGUGACUUCGCGAGGACGAGGCUGUUCUAUGACGAGACGGUUUCUUGA